GUGAUAAAAUAUUAAAAGAUACUAAAAAAAAAAAACAAAAAAAAAAAGAAAACAAGAUGAAGCAUGCCUCACGUACUCGGAGACGCCCCAAAGCGGGCGCGGAGACUGAACCUGCCUCCGAACCAGAACCAGGACCAGAAUCGGCAGCCGUAACAGCAUCCCCACUAAAGGACACAUCGAAUAUCCGGGAGGAACCAUCCGGAGGAAGACCGCUCAAGUGCUUGGAGACCCUUGCCCAGAAAGCGGGCAUCAACUUCGACGAGGACUCGAGUCCCAGCAGCCGGACAUCCUCCGUUGCCGGAACACCGACCUCGAAGCGACGCCAUCCCUUGCUGAGGAAUAUAUUGAGUGCGCCAAGUACUCCCAACUCGACGCGACGCAGCCACACACUGGAGAAGUCACAGAGUCCCGCACAACAGGUGGCGACCACCGCCACGGUGCCGCUGCAGAUCUCCCCGGAGCAGCUGCAGCAGUUGUACGCCAACAAUCCGUAUGCCAUUCAGGUGAAGCAGGAGUUUCCCAGCGCGGGCGGUGGCGCCACCGGUGCAGAACUGAAACAUGCCGCCAACAUCCUGGACGUCCAGCAGCAGAUGCAACUGCAGCAGCAGCUCUCCGAUGCGGCCAGCGGGGCGGCUGGAGGAGCAGGUGGCGCGGCAGCGGGAGGCGGUGGAGCGGCCGGUGGAGCACCUAGUCCUGCCAAUGCCCAGAAUGCCCAGCAGCAGCAGUCCACUGCCAUCAGCACCAUGUCGCCCAUGCAGCUGACCGCCGGCGGAGUGGGCGGGGACUGGGCCCAGGGCCGGGCUGUCCAGUUGAUGCAGCCCUCCACACAGUUCCUCUACCCGCAGAUGUUCGUAUCCGGGAACCUGCUUCAUCCGGGCAGCCUCGGGCAGCAGCCCAUCCAGGUGAUAACGGCGGGGAAACCAUUUCAGGGCAAUGCCCCCCAGAUGAUCGCCACCACCACCCAGAACGCCAAGCAGAUGAUCCAGGCGGCGGGCCAAGCUGGCUUCGCAGGAGGAGCCUACGCCUCCUGCAUCCCUUCGCUCCCCUCCAUCCAUCCCACCUCCACCCACAACCAGUCGCCCCAGACGCUGCUCAUCUCGCCCGUGAACGUCAUCUCCCACUCCCCCCAGCAGCAGCAGAACCUCCUCCAGUCGAUGGCCGCCGCCCAGCAGCAGCUCUCGCAGCAGCAGCAGCAGCAACAGCAACAACAACAACAGCAACAACUCACGCAGCAGCAGCAACAGCAGCAGCUGACGGCCGCCCUCGCCAAGGUGGGCGUGGACGCGCAGGGCAAGCUGGCCCAGAAGGUGGUCCAGAAGGUGACCACCACGAGUAGCACCGUGCAGGCCACAGCCGGCGGAGCAGGAGUGGGUGUGGGACAAGGAGGUGCCACCCAGGCCCAACAGGUGCAGCAGGUCCAGCAGCAGCAGCAGCAGACCACCCAGACCACGCAGCAGUGCGUCCAGGUCUCGCAGUCCACCCUCCCGGGGGUGGCCCAGUCGGUGCAGGCGGCCCAGCUCCUGAAUCCCGGCCAGGCGCAGCAGAUGCAGAUCCCGUGGUUCUGGCAGAACGGCGCCGGACUCCAGCCCUUCGGUUCCAAUCCCAUCAUCCUGAGGGGGCAGCCGGACGGCACGUCGGGGAUGUUCAUUCAGCAGCCGACGACGCAGACGCUCCAGACGCAGCAGAACCAGAUCAUCCAGUGCAAUGUGACACAGACUCCGACCAAGGCGCGCACCCAGCUGGACGCACUGGCUCCGAAGCAGCAGCAGGCGGGGAACAGCAACCAGGCGCAGCAGCAGCAGCUGGCGGUGGCCACUGCCCAGUUGCAGCAGCAGCAGCAGCAGCUGACGGCCCUCCGAGCAGGGGCUCCCGUGAUGCCCCACAACGGCACCCAGGUGCGUCCGGCCAGCUCCGUCUCCACCCAGACGGCCCAGAACCAGAGCCUGCUGAAGGCCAAGAUGCGGACCAAGCAGACGCCGGUGCGCCCGGCCCUGCCCACCCUGAAGACGGAGAACGGGCAGGUGGCGGGUCAGAACAAGGUGGUGGGUCACCUGGCCACAGUGCAGCAGCAGCAGGCGGUGGCGGCGGCCAAUCUCCAGCAGGUGGUCAACUCCGCGGGCAACAAAAUGGUGGUAAUGAGCACGACGGGCACUCCCAUUACGCUCCAGAAUGGCCAGACCCUGCAUGCCGCCACUGCGGCCGGAGUGGAGAAGCAGCAGCAGCAGCUGCAGCUCAUCCAGAAGCAGCAACUGUUGCAACAGCAAAUGCUGCAGCAGCAACUGGCGGCCAUACAGAUGCAACAGCAGCAGCAGCAGCAAGUCUCCCAGCAGCAGCAGCAGGUGGCGGCUCAGCAGCAGCAGGCUGUGGCGGUGGCGCAGCAACAGCAGCGGGACCAGCAGCAGCAGCAACAGCAGCAAGUCCAGGCGCAGCAGCAGCAGGCCCAGCAGAUCCUCCAGGUGUCAACGAAUGCGUUCAUCACGCAGCAGCAGCAGCAGAUGUUACAGCAGCAGUUGCAGCAACAGCAACUCCAGCAGCAGGCGCAGCAGCAGCAACACCAACGGGAGCAGCAGCAGCAGCAACAUAACAUCAUACAGCAGAUCGUGGUGCAGCAAACGGGAGGCGCCACUGGCCAGCAGUCGGGGCAGUCCGGGCAGCUGCAGUUGAGUAGUGUGCCCUUCUCGGUGUCCUCGACGACCACGCCCUCGGGAAUAGCCACCUCCAGUGCCCUGCAGGCGGCGCUCUCCGCAUCUGGGACCCUCUUCCAGACCAGCAAGUUGGCCACAGCUAGCUCCUCGCUGCCCACCAGCAGCGUCGUGACCAUUUCCAACCAGAGCACCACUCCCCUGGUCACCAGCAGCACGGUGACGACUCUUCAGCAGGCACAGGCCCAGGCCCAGGCCCAGGCGCAAGCUCAGGCCCAAGCACAGGCGCAGGCUCAGGCACAGCUCCAGCAGCAGCAACAGCAGCUCCUCUCCGCCAGCAUUGCGGCAGCGACUCAGCAGCAGCAGCAACAACAACAACAGCAGCAGCAGCAGCAGUCGCAGGGAACAGGCACACUCACCCAGAACACCAAUCCCAUCCUGGCCAUGACCUCCAUGAUGAACGCCACGGUGGGGCACCUUUCCACAGCUCCCCCAGUGACGGUUUCGGUGACGAGUACGGCGGUGACGCCCUCCACUGGCCAGCUGGUCGCCCUGAGCAGUGCCAGCAGCGGAGCGGGCGGAGUGGGGGGCAGUCACCCAGCGACGCCCACCAAGGACACCCCCUCGAAGACUCCCACGGCCACGCUGGUUCCCAUUGACUCUCCGAUGACGCCCGUCGCUGGCCAGGACUCUAAAUCCGGCACUCCUGCGAAUGGAAGUGCCUCCGCGGAGGCGAGCAGUUCCACCGGAGAAGCUCUGCCGAACGGAGAAGCCCCCGAGGUCGGGUCCACGCCCUCCAAGUGCGCUACUCCCACCUCGAACCUCACACCCACCAGCAAGCAGAGGAGCAGCACUCCCGGCGGCAAGGAGGAGGUGAAGGUGUCCACUGCCACCAGUGGAACGACCACCACGUCCACCCCCACCACAUCCACCGUCUCCAACGGCAUUGGUCUGGCUCGGAGCACGGGCAGCAGCACGGUUACCACCACUAGCACCACUACCACCACCAGCUGCGCCAUCACCACCACCACCACGACCAGCAGCCUCAAUGGAGGCAAGGAUCUGCCCAAGGCGUUGAUCAAGCCGAACACGCUGACCCACGUCAUCGACGGGUUCAUCAUCCAGGAGGCCAACGAGCCCUUCCCAGUCACCCGGCAGCGCUACGCCGACAAGGACAUCCAGGACGAGCCUCCCAAGAAAAAGGCCGCCAUGCAGGAGGACAUCAAGCCGAGCGGAAUUGCCAGCGCCACGCCCCCUCCGGCGGACAUCGUGGCCUGCGAGCAGUGCGGCAAGCUGGAGCACAAGACCAAGCUGAAGAAGAAGCGCUUCUGCUCGCCGGCAUGUGCCCGUCAGGCGAAGAACGGAGUCGUCAGCGCCAUGGAGACCAAUGGACUUGGCACCGGCGGCAUAGUCGCCGUGGAUGCCAUGGCUCUGGUGGACAAACUGGACGAGGCCAUGGCGGAGGCGAAGAUGCAGGCCGAGGCCCUGCAGCCGGCGCCGGUGGAGGUGCCGGUCCUGCCGCUCCCAGUGCUGAUGCCACCCACUCCCAUUGCCCUGGGCCUGGAGUCCUUCGUGCCAAUGGACAUGGCGGCACCUGUUCCUCUGGCUCCGAUAGCUCCCGCCGGCGUGGUUACUCUGGCGACUCCUGCCAUAUCCUCGUCGAUGACGAAUGGCGCGCCACCCGACCGACCUCCGAUUAGUAGCUGGACGGUGGACGAGGUGAGCAACUUCAUCCGCGAGCUGACCGGCUGCCAGGACUACGUGGACGACUUCAUCCAGCAGGAGAUCGACGGACAGGCGCUGCUGCUGCUCAAGGAGAACCAUCUGGUGAGCGCCAUGGGCAUGAAGCUGGGCCCCGCCCUCAAGAUCGUGGCCAAGGUGGAGUCCAUGAAGGAGGUGCCGCCUCCUCCAGCCGGCGAGGCGGGCGGCAAGGAGGCUGGAGUGACUCAAUAGU